AUGACCUCAAAACCGAACUUCAGCACUUGUGAAUUCUGCAAACUGGACUUUAAAGAAACGUACAAAUGCCCGAAAUGUAAACGCAACUACUGUACGUUACGGUGCUACAAAAGCAAAAAUCAUGCGGAAUGUUCGAACGCCUUCUAUCAGGACCAAAUAGCCAGGUUCAUUGGGAAAGAGCUGGUAAGGGGGUCUGAGUUGUGGAUAGUAUACGAGUUUUUGAUGGUUUUUGAUUAAUUUUUUGUUAUGUUUGAUAAUUUUAACCACUUUUUAUCAAGUUUAGUACAUUAUCCGCAUUUUAUAACGUUGCUUUGUACUGUGGUUCAUUUUUUAUAUUAUUUUAGACAAUUUUUAGGUAACAAACUUAGAUUUUUUAAUAUUUUUUUUUGUUUUAAGGACGAAACAGACAGUGAUGAUCAAAGUGCAGAUGAAGACGAAGUAGAACAGAAAGAAGACGAAGAAGAAAUGAAAGAAGAGGAAGUAGUACAGAAAGAAGAAAAAGCAGAAGUGAAAGAAGAUGAAUUAGAACAGAAAGCCGAACAAAAAGAAGACAAAAGCAAUGUGAAACCGGAAGCGUCAGCUAAAAAUAAAAGUGAUAAGCCUAAAAAAGCACUGUACGUCUUUUUUUUUAAUUUGUUAGUGCCAUUUUGAGUGUAAUAUCCAAAAAUAUUGUUUAUAGUGCUUAAAAUGGCAAGAACUUUCGUUAAAAAACAAGAAAUGGCAAGAACUUUCCUUACAGAACUGAAAAUGGCAAAAACUUUUUUUAAAAAACAUAAAAUGGCAAGAACUUUCUUUACAAAGCCUAGAAUGGCAAGAACUUUCUUAAGAAAACAAAAAAUUACAAGAACUUCCUUUACCCCUGCCAUUUUCAGUCAAACUUUUGCGGAAUACAUGGCCCAACACGCUCCAGAAGACCGUCAAAAGUCGGAAGCCGAGCUGAAUCCCCAAAUCGGCCUGAAACCGGGCGAAGAGUUGGUAAUCGACGAGGACGACGAACCCGAAUACCUACAAGACGUCUACGACCAGUCGAUGAAAGACUUUGAGAAACUGUCGGAUUCGGAACUGAAUGCCAAACUGAAAGAAAUAGGAUUGGAUCCGGAGAAGGACGACGAUCUCUUCAGCCGGCUGACCCCAGAUGAACGGAAAAACUUUGAACGAAUCGCCGAGGAAAUGUUCGGCAUCAAGCAGGAAACCGUUUUCAAAAAAUAA